UUGUAGUGGAUGUAACGAAACACGCUACAAAGUUGCUCCGCAGUUCAGGGAGGGAGAGAAAGGUGACGCUGGUUUAUUUAAAUCAGGGGGAGAUGAGUUUAUUUCCCAAAAUUGUACAGUAAUGCUUUUUCAUUAAACGGAUGUCUUCUCCGUUAGAUUUAGAUAACUGUGAAGAGACGGUUAGCCUGGCUGGCUCAGAGGCUGGCAGCUCCCGUUCACUACCUUCUGUUUUCGCCGAGGCAGCCAGAAAUAAAAUGUCCCAGGUGAAGGUAGAUGAGUGUCACCGAGCAAUUACAAAGUUUAUUGUUAAGGGUUUGCACUCAUUUUCUACAGUAGAGGCCCCUGAAUUUCGGUAGGUGAAUGUGAGGCUGUCAGGUUGUCAUGUCAGAUUGUCUAAAUAAAAUAUUUUCUCCACAUUAAACAGAUAAACUCAUUCAUUGUCAUAUAUUCUCUAGGGAAAUGACUAUCGCUCUGAACCCAAAAUACAAAGCCCCAAGCAGAGAAAGCCUAACCAACCAUUUGAUCCCUGCUUGGUAUGAUGUUGAAAAGGGAAAUCUGAUCUCUGAGCUGAAAACGGUUUCGAAGGCAGCAAUCACGGCUGAUGGAUGGACAAGUUUUAGUCAGGAUCAUUAUCUCACAGUUACUCUGCACUAUGUGAGCAAUGGCCAGGCAAAGGAAAAGGUCCUAAAAACCAAAGCUGUGUACCAAGCUCAGACAGGCUCAGCUGUAGCAGAGGAGAUUGAUGACAUCCUAGAGGAAUAUGGAGUACGAGAAAAGGUUGUGUCAGCAACUGUUGACAAUGCAGCCAACAUGGAUGUAGCCAUCAAACAGCUGAGCAUCCUGAAAUUUCCAUGCUUUGCCCACACGCUCAAUCUGGGAGCGCAGAAGCUGUACAAUUGCACCACAAUUUCAAAUUGGGCAGCACGAGUUCGAGCAGUGAUAGUUUGGAUGAAGAGGUCACACAUGGCAAAAGUUGUUCUAAAAGAGAAACAAGACCUGCUCAAGCUGCCCAAGCACAUGCUCAUCCUGGAUGUAAGGACCAGGUGGAAUUCCCUCCAUUUAAUGAUGGAGAGAUUCUGUGAGCAGUUCCCUGCUAUCCAGGCGGCAGCCAUAGACCCACGUAUAAGGAAGUCCAUGGAGAAGGAAAGAUUAGCCAAAAUAGGCAAUGAGGAUUUGGGGAAAGCAGAGGCGUUUGUGCAGCUCAUGCGGAAGCAUUACACCUCCACACUGGCUGUCUCCAGUGAGAAAAGUCCAACCUGCGGGGAGAUUUUGCCCAUCUUGCAGAAGCUGGAGCAACAGUACACUGUGCAGGAAGGUGACUCUGCUUUCACAAGGAGCAUCAAAGAGAACAUUUGGAAUGAUCUCUUCAAACGCUACCAGGCAAGCACAGCUACAUUUAAUCUUAUCUUGACACGUUAGGCAAAUUUGCAUAAUCCCAUACAAAAUGUGUAAUGUCAAAAAAGUAAUGUGACCUUCCAUGUGACAUUAUUCAUUUAAGGGUGAAAUGAAAGAACAGUAGUAAACUAUUCAGGAUGGUCUUAUGCAGUGGUCCAUUCAUUCAUCCUGUUUCUUGGUCUGUUUUCUGAGUUUACAGUGUGUUAUCGCCAUCUAACUGGCCAUUUUUGUUAACGGCUGCCAUUUUGUAUCGGUUCCAUUUCCUGCUGGGUUCUCUUUUGGCCAUUAGUCUAAUACCAUCCUGUCCUCCUUUUUGAAAUUUAAGGGAGCUGAUAUUCGGAGAUUCCUGGAGGAAGCCACCACUCUGGAUCCCAGAUUUAAAUACAAAGUGAAAAGUGAUGAAGUCUGGGACAGGAUCAGGGAAGCUGCAAUCAAAGCGAAUACAGUGGAAGCAACAGAUGAGGUAUUUUAUUUAUUUCUGUUUCAAUUCUGUUUGUCUUUUGAUUGCAUUUGAUUCCAUUGUGAUUGAGACCUUUUACAACUCUAUGUGUUAAAAGUUAUUAAUGUGUUUUAAACACAAUG